GCCAGCAGUUCUGAUGUCUCCCAACCUUGUCCCUCUGCGAUGAGUUGAGAGAGUGGCAGGUAGCAGGAAGAGGAGGAGAUGGAGCAGACGGAGAAAGAAACGAUCAGGGAAGCAUCGGAGGAGGUGUCAAAUGAAUUCAAAACACUAAUCGAUGCUCAGGACUUGGACUCCCUCAAGCAAUUGCAGCACCUCAUAUUGGGGAGAUUGCAAGAUGCCAAUGCAGUUCUGUCACAUUUUAAUGAGUUUUCAGAGAACUGCUUUGCUGAGGUUUCUGGAGAUUUCUCCAGAAACACACGCCUUUUAAAAUCUAUGAAGACUGAUCUUGAAUACAUAUUUCAGAAGUUAAGGAGCAUGAAGUCAAGAAUUUUGGCUACCUAUCCUGAUGCAUUUCCAGAUGACUCGAAACAAGUACUCGACCAAAGACCAGACCUGGAAAUGCCUCUGUAAAACUAGACAGCAUGUUCAUGCCCUCUUGAGAGAACAUGUUCUCGGUCUGCUAUGGAAGUGUUCCGAGAAUUAAGCCUGUCAGCAAAUGUGUUCGAGAUCUCUGUAAUCUGUUUUUCCUUGGAUUUAUAGCUUGCAGAGGCUUUCCUUAGAAGUGUUUGGUAAAUUGGUAGUGUUUGGUGCACAUAGCACAAUCGUCUAAUUCCGCCCUUGUAAGCUUUUCCAUGUACUAAUCUGAAAUUCAGUUACCAUUAUGUAGCAUUCUGCUAAACCGCAGCUCAAACUAAACGUUUUUUUUGGGUGUUAUGCUGGUUCACAAAACGCCUUAUCAA